AUGGAAAAUGAUGAGGGUGACCCUAUUUUUGGUCACAAGGUUAUUUUCCAAAUUAUUUUCUUAGUUUCAAUAGCAUUUGUUGUUUCUUCAGUGUACCAUCUCAUAGCCAUUUGUUUGUGUCACCGAGGAAGAACAACAAAUGAAAACCAACUGCAACCACCGCAUCACGCUGCCACACGGAGCCUCGAAGAAAGGACAACCUCAUCAGUACCUGUAGUACACCGAAUUCCAACACACAAGUACCACAAAAGAGAUAAAGUUGAUGCUGUUUCGGAUGAUGAAGGUGACACCUGUGCCGUGUGUUUGGGAGAUUUUGAGGAGGGUGAGGAGUUGAGGACUAUGCCGGAGUGCUUGCACUCUUUUCAUGUACCGUGUAUUGAUACGUGGCUCCAUUCGCAUUCGAGUUGCCCUAUUUGUCGCGCUGGUGCUGGUGCUGCCCCUCCACCGCCUGUGAGUGCAAAUCAUCACAGCAUAAAUAUGAAUAUGGCUCCACUUGGUACUGUCAUGCAAAGUGGAUUGGCGUGA